UUAUUAUUAUUAUUAUUAUUAUUAUUAUUAUUAUGAAAGACACCAGCUUCUUCUUUUUGUUGACAUUUUUGUGUUAUUCGGAGCCCCUCUAGCACUGCAGCCCGCAAAUGUGCCCUUAUGUUUGUGUUCUUAUCAGAUGGAUGAGAGAGUUUGAUUGAAGCAUUUGUCAUGUAAAUGCGAGCCGUUUGAUGGACGAGCCGGCAGACUUGACAGAGUGCUGGAGGUCGUUUGCCAUUGGCGUUCCGCAGGUCACAUGGUGUGUCAGGAAGGUGAUAUGAGGGUGGAAGGCAGUUUUACAGCUUUGACAUACUACCUAAGGUUAGGGCAAAGGGAGCACCGAUUAAUGACUGCUCGGUCUCGAUCGGUUGUGAACAAAUCACAGGCCCAGGUUCAGGAUGAACUCCUACUUAGAUUACCCUGUCUGCAACCGGGGAGCAAAUAUUUUCAGUGCCAAGGCCGGAUAUCCCAACUUAAACCAUGGAUACGUGUCGUCCAACUCUUGCGCAACAAGUGAUAGUUAUGCAGGGGACGGUCGUUUAGUGGCUGCAGCCUCUGCGCCCCUGCAGACUCCGAGCCUUCCUCUGCACCAGCAGACCCACGUCAACCUGGAUCUGCAGUUUUCAGCCCCGGGGAACCCCAUGUACGGGUCACCUUUGGAGUACGGACAUCACCAGUACAGCCUCGUUCCCGACCAGGACCGGAGCUUUAUCCACGCACAGGUUUCCCCCAUCGGAACAAACAUGGCUACAUAUGCUGCAGGGGAAGGUUGUGGGCCUGGAGUUGCACCGAGCAAUCAGUAUUUGCAUUUUGGCAACGGGGAUCAGAGGCAGCAAGACUAUCCAGAAAGUGUUUACGCGAGGUUGCCGCCCCAGUGCAAAGAUAAGGAUUUGGAGCCUGUGGAGGAAUCGUCAAAAACCUUCGACUGGAUGAAAGUAAAGAGGAAUCCUCCAAAAACAGCGCUCGUGUCGGAGUUCGGGGUUCCCGGCCAGCACAACGUGAUCCGCACCAACUUCACCACCAAGCAGCUGACGGAGCUGGAGAAGGAGUUCCACUUCAACAAGUACCUGACGCGGGCGCGGCGGGUGGAGGUGGCGGCCAGCCUGGAGCUCAACGAGACGCAGGUGAAGAUCUGGUUUCAGAACCGCAGGAUGAAGCAGAAGAAGAGGGAGAAGCUCGGACGCGUUUUGGGGAGCAGCCCAGCACUGGCAGAGAGACUCUGCGGCUCCGACUCUCCUCCAAAAGCAAAGGAGACAAAAACUGAACAGUGACUGACUCUAAAAAAAAAUAUGGCUGUGGAGACCUGACCGGUAUUUCACAUCUAAAUUGCACCAUUCCAGAUUAAAAACCGUGAAAACGAGUGUGGACUUGUGAGGUAUAUACAGGGUAUGUCUGUCUCAACUGGAUGCUGACUAAGCUUUUACAAAUGUUCUUAUCUAUUCUUGUGUUUUUGUCUCUGUAUCAUAAACCCAUGUUUGUGUUGGAGCACUGACCUCCUCAGUGUCAUUGUUUGCACUAUUUAUUUACAGGGUAUUUUC